CUCUCGCCGCCGGCUCGCUCCGCCGCUCGCCGAACGAUGAGAGACUGAGAGAGAGAGAGAGAGAGAGGGACAGCGAGCUCCGGGGAAGGGAGACUGGGAGAGGGCAACUCCGGUCGCCGGAGAGGUGGGGAUCUAGAGCUUCGAGCCUGGCGGCGUCCAGCUCACAUCGAGGAGGAUGCCGCGCAAGGUUGUCUCUGGACCUGACUACGAUGACGAGUACGGCGAUGACUACGAUGAGUAUGAUGAUGACUACGAUGAUUAUGGCGAGACCGGGCAUGGUGACACUCAGCUCCCCAUGAAGGAGGAGAAAGAGUCAUUGAAGAAGUCCUCAGGUGCAGUGCCUGUGCUUUGGAGAUGCUCUAUGUGCAUGUUUGAUAAUCACGAAAGCAUGGUGUACUGUGAGAUGUGUGGGGUUUUUCGAGAAUCCUUUAUAAAAUCUUCCAAGGAUGGUUCAAUCAAAGUCAAUAGAAUACCAAGUGAUUCUGGGAAACCUUUGAUGCCGAAAUCAGAUUCUACCAAGGUGCCUCUGAAGACUCGUACUGCAGACUUUGGUGGUGACACUGAGAUAAAGAAUGCUGGCAUAUCUCAUGAAAAAGCAGUUAGUUCCACACAGUCUGCAUCUGUUGGUAGCUCAUCAGGCACUGGGAAAAAGGUGAAACACAUCGCACUUCCUGAAGAUGUGCCUGUCGAGAGGACAACUCAAUUGAUUUCUGAUCAUUUUCAGCUGAAGGAGGAACAGAGUAGUAGGGCUGGCAGUUCUGCUGAGAAUGAGGAUGCAGCCCAGAAACUUUCUUCUGACAUCCACAAGCUAGGUUUAGAAAAGAAUGAAGUUGAUGUUGCAAAAACUUGUUUACCCGAAGAAUAUAAGCCUGAGAAGUGGAUGUUUGCUGAUGAGGAAUCAGGAGUGCCGAGCCAACUAAACCUUGCAAUAGUGGGUCAUGUUGAUUCUGGCAAAUCAACACUCUCUGGGAGACUGCUACAUCUACUAGGAAAGAUAUCAAAAAAAGAUAUGCACAAGAAUGAGAAGGAGGCUAAAGAAAAAGGAAAAGCAUCAUUUGCUUAUGCAUGGGCUAUGGAUGAGAGCAGUGAAGAAAGAGAAAGAGGUGUGACAAUGACUGUGGCUGUGGCUUAUUUAGAGACCAAGAAGUACCGUGUAGUUUUGCUUGACUCCCCGGGCCAUAAAGAUUUUGUACCAAAUAUGAUAUCUGGUGCAACACAAGCUGAUGCAGCUAUUCUUGUUGUUGAUGCUUGCUCUGGCUCGUUUGAAGCUGGCAUGGAUGGUGAAGGAGGGAAAAGUGUUGGCCAGACAAAGGAACAUGCUCAGCUUAUUAGAAGCUUCGGUGUUGAACAGCUUAUUGUUGCGGUCAACAAGAUGGAUGCUGUUGGAUACUCCAAAGAAAGAUUUGAGUUCAUCAAGGUCCAACUUGGUAGUUUUCUGCGGUCAUGCAACUUCAAAGACUCAUCUGUUAUCUGGAUUCCUCUUAGUGCUGUUGAAAAUCAGAAUUUGAUCAAUAUCCCUUCUGAUGGCCAUUUAACCUCCUGGUAUCAAGGAUUUUGUCUCUUGGAAGCUAUAGAUUCCUUGCAGCUUCCAUCUCGGGAUGUUUCGAAGCCACUAAUUCUUCCUAUCUGUGAUGUUAUCAAGUCUCAGUCAACAGGGCAGUUGGCAGCAUUUGGAAAAUUAGAGACUGGAGCUAUUCGAAAUGGUUCAAAGGUUUUAGUUUCACCUUGUGGGGAAGUGGCAACAGUGAAAACCAUCGAACGCGACUCAAACUCAUGUGACAUAGCAAGAGCUGGUGAUAAUGUAGCAGUUAGUUUACUGGGUAUUGAGGGGAGUAAGCUAGUACCAGGUGGGGUUCUUUGCAACCCUGGUUUCCCAGUGCUUGUGUCAAACUUCUUGGAGCUAAGGGUUCUAGUGUUGGACGUCACCAUUCCUAUCCUUGUUGGCUACCAGGUGGAAUUUCACAUACAUCAUGUGAAGGAAGCUGCAAGGGUUACAAAAAUCGUGGCAUUGCUUGACAAGGCUGGGAAACCAAGCAAAACUGCACCUCGAUUUCUUAAAUCAAAGCAGAAUGCUGUUGUGCAGGUUACCCUAGAGUCUCCAGUCUGUGUUCAAGAAUUCUCCAAAUGCCGAGCUCUUGGCAGGGCAUUCUUAAGGUCGUCUGGAAGCACAAUCGCUGUUGGAGUCGUAAUGCGGGUACUCGGGCAAGAUAAGAGCUGAAAGACCUCCUCCACAAACAUUUUAAAAUUUGAACAUAGCUGAUACCGUGCUUUGGGGCACAUGUUGGAGUUGGCUCAAAACCACACUGUAUUGCCGAUCAGAAUUUGGCGAUGGCAUUUUUCACUGUUUGCCCGUCGUCAUUUCCGUCGUGCAUUCCAGCAUUUUAGUUGGGAUACGACUUGUCAACAUUCACAUUCACGAGUUCUAAGUUCUAACCCCCAGUUUUGCGAAUGAAGGGAUUUUCCGUGCAAUGCAUAGUAAAUUGUUUAGUUGUAUGGUGCUAUUUGCAAUUUUGUUGUGCUUAUUGAAAAGUAAACUGACCGGUAUAUACCAUACAGUUUAUCCUGUUAUGAGCCGGUGGUGAUGGGAACAAGAUCUUCCGAUGUAGAAAUUAGAGACUCAGUGACUGUCGUGUGAGACCAUGCAUGCACGGUGGGGGCUUAUAUGUGGCUAUGUUUCUCUGGCUUUACGAAAGAGGAAUUGUGUCC